UGUUGUAUCUACAGUUAUAUGUGCCUACAGUGUACCAUUAGUACCCUUCAUACAUACAUCGUUGGAUGUUCCGGCACAUCCACCGCCAUUUCUAGGGGACUCCUGGCAGCUUAAUUAGCCAGAAAUAACGCCAUGAACGGAAGUGGUCCAGAGCACCCCUCGUAAUACAACUCAGGGAUAUGUGCGAGUGGUCAGUGUAACCAAGAGUAACGCGGACAUCUUUUCCACUGGAAGCAGUUCCUUCGUUUUGUGAGCCGACACCGACCGACAUUGACCGUGAUCAGGGAAACGCUACUUUCAUACCCUGGCCCGUCACUCUCGUACAGAGACACAGACACCUCCACCCCCACACACCCCUACGCACUCUUCCUCCAACGGUGAGAGACAGACACCUGACUCUACUACCUCACCUUCCAACAGGAUGAGACAGAAACCACCCUCUACGCCCUCCUCCUCCAACAGUGAGACACACACAUUUGCCCCUACUACCCCACCUUCCAACAGUGAGAGAGAGACACCACCCUCUACGGCCUCCUCCUCCAACAGUGAGAGAGAGACACCACCCUCUACGACCUCCUCCGCCAACAGUGAGAGAGAGAAAUCACCCUCUACGGCCUCCUCCGCCAACAGUGAGAGACAGACACGACCCACUACGCCCUCCUCCUCCAAGAGAAAGAAACAGACACCUGAACCUACUACCCCAUCUUCCAACAGUGAGAGACAGAAACCACCCUCUACGCCCUCCUCCUCCAACAGUGAGACACACACACUUGCCCCUACUACCCCACCUUCCAACAGUGAGAGACAGAAACCACCCUCUACGCCCUCCUCCUCCAACAGUGAGACACACACAUUUGCCCCUACUACCCCACCUUCCAACAGUGAGAGAGAGACACCACCCUCUACGUCCUCCUCCUCCAACAGUGAGAGACAGAAACCACCCUCUACGACCUCCUCCUCCAACAGUGAGAGAGAGACACCACCUUCUACGCCCUCCUCCUCCAACAGUGAGACACACACAUUUGCCCCUACUACACCACCUUCCAACAGUGAGAGAGAGACACCACCCUCUACGACCUCCUCCUCCAACAGUGAGACACACACACUUGCCCCUACUACCCCACCUUCCAACAGUGAGAGAGAGACACCAACCUCUACGACCUCCUCCUCCAACAGUGAGACACACACACUUGCCCCUACUACCCCACCUUCCAACAGUGAGAGACAGAAACCACCCUCUACGGCCUCCUCCUCCAACAGUGAGAGACAGAAACCUACUACCCCACCUUCCAACAGUGAGAGAGAGACACGACCCACUACGCCCUCCUCCUCCAAGAGAAAGAGACAGACACCUGAACCUACUACCCCAUCUUCCCACAGUGAGAGACAGAAACCACCCUCUACGCCCUCCUCCUCCAAUAGACAGACACAGACACCUGCCCCUACUACCCCACCUGCCCACAGUGAGAGACAGAAACCACCCUCUACGCCCUCUUUCUCCAACAGUGAGAGACAGACACCUGCCCCUACAUCCUCACCUUCCAUCAUUGUGAGGCAGACACCAUAUUGUACGCCCUCUUUCUCCAACAGUGAGAGACAGGCACCUGCCCCUAAUACCCAGUCUUCCCACAGUGAGAGACAGACAUCACCCUCUACGCCCUCCUCCUCCAACAGUGAGAGGGAGACACCACCCUCUACGACCUCCUCCGCCAACAGUGAGACACACACACUUGCCCCUACUACCCCACCUUCCAACAGUGAGAGAGAGACACGCCCCUCUACGGCCUCCUCCUCCAACAGUGAGAGAGAGACACCACCCUCUACGCCCUCCUCCUCCAACAGUGAGACACACACAUUUGCCCCUACUACCCCACCUUCCAACAGUGAGAGAGAGACACUACCCUCUACGACCUCCUCCUCCAACAGUGAGAGAGAGACACCACCCUCUACGUCCUCCUCCGCCAACAGUGAUCCACACACACUUGCCCCUACUACCCCACCUUCCAACAGUGAGAGAGAGACACCACCCUCUACGCCCUCUUCCUCCAACAGUGAGAGAGAGAAACCACCCUCUACGACCUCCUCCGCCAACAGUGAGACACACACACUUGCCCCUACUACCCCACCUUCCAACAGUGAGAGAGAGACACCACCCUCUACGUCCUCUUCCUCCAACAGUGAGACACACACACCUGCCCCUACUACCCCACCUUCCAACAGUGAGAGACAGACACGACCCACUACGCCCUCCUCCUCCAAGAGAAAGAGACAGACACCUGAACCUACUACCCCAUCUUCCCACAGGGAGAGACAGAAACCACCCUCUACGCCCUCCUCCUCCAAUAGACAGACACAGACACCUGCCCCUACUACCCCACCUUCCAACAGUGAGAGAGAGACACAACCCUCUACGGCCUCCUCCUCAAAGAGAAAGAGACAGACACCUGAACCUACUACCCCAUCUUCCCACAGUGAGAGACAGAAAACACCCUCUACGCCCUCCUCCUCCAACAGUGAGAGGGAGACACCACCCUCUACGACCUCCUCCGCCAACAGUGAGACACACACACUUGCCCCUACUACCCCACCUUCCAACAGUGAGAGACAGAAACCACCCUCUACGCCCUCCUCCAGCAGUGAGACACACACACUUGCCCCUACUACCCCACCUUCCAACAGUGAGAGAGAGACACCACCCUCUACGGCCUCCUCCUCCAACAGUGAGAGAGAGACACCACCCUCUACGUCCUCUUCCUCCAACAGUGAGACACACACACCUGCCCCUACUACCCCACCUUCCAACAGUGAGAGACAGACACGACCCACUACGCCCUCCUCCUCCAAGAGAAAGAGACAGACACCUGAACCUACUACCCCAUCUUCCCACAGUGAGAGACAGAAACCACCCUCUACGCCCUCCUCCUCCAAUAGACAGACACAGACACUUGCCCCUACUACCCCACCUGCCCACAGUGAGAGACAGACACCACCCUCUACGUCCUCCUCCGCCAACAGUGAGCCACACACACUUGCCCCUACUACCCCACCUUCCAACAGUGAGAGAGAGACACCACCCUCUACGCCCUCUUCCUCCAACAGUGAGAGAGAGAAACCACCCUCUACGACCUCCUCCGCCAACAGUGAGACACACACACUUGCCCCUACUACCCCACCUUCCAACAGUGAGAGAGAGACACCACCCUCUACGUCCUCUUCCUCCAACAGUGAGACACACACACCUGCCCCUACUACCCCACCUUCCAACAGUGAGAGACAGACACGACCCACUACGCCCUCCUCCUCCAAGAGAAAGAGACAGACACCUGAACCUACUACCCCAUCUUCCCACAGGGAGAGACAGAAACCACCCUCUACGCCCUCCUCCUCCAAUAGACAGACACAGACACCUGCCCCUACUACCCCACCUUCCAACAGUGAGAGAGAGACACAACCCUCUACGGCCUCCUCCUCAAAGAGAAAGAGACAGACACCUGAACCUACUACCCCAUCUUCCCACAGUGAGAGACAGAAAACACCCUCUACGCCCUCCUCCUCCAACAGUGAGAGGGAGACACCACCCUCUACGACCUCCUCCGCCAACAGUGAGACACACACACUUGCCCCUACUACCCCACCUUCCAACAGUGAGAGACAGAAACCACCCUCUACGCCCUCCUCCAGCAGUGAGACACACACACUUGCCCCUACUACCCCACCUUCCAACAGUGAGAGAGAGACACCACCCUCUACGGCCUCCUCCUCCAACAGUGAGAGAGAGACACCACCCUCUACGUCCUCUUCCUCCAACAGUGAGACACACACACCUGCCCCUACUACCCCACCUUCCAACAGUGAGAGACAGACACGACCCACUACGCCCUCCUCCUCCAAGAGAAAGAGACAGACACCUGAACCUACUACCCCAUCUUCCCACAGUGAGAGACAGAAACCACCCUCUACGCCCUCCUCCUCCAAUAGACAGACACAGACACUUGCCCCUACUACCCCACCUGCCCACAGUGAGAGACACAAACCACCCUCUACGCCCUCUUUCUCCAACAGUGAGAGACAGACACCUGCCCCUACAUCCUCACCUUCCAGCAUUGUGAGGCAGACACCAUAUUCUACUCCCUCUUUCUCCAACAGUCAGAGACAGGCACCUGCCCCUAAUACCCAAUCUUCCCACAGUGAGAGACAGACAUCACCCUCUGCGCAACGUCCCUCAAGCAGUGAGAGGGAGACACCUGCCCCUACUGCCCCACCUUCCAACAGUGAGAGACAGACACGACCCACUACGCCCUCCUCCUCCAAGAGAAAGAGACAGACACCUGAACCUACUACCCCAUCUUCCCACAAUGAGAGACGGAAACCACCCUCUACGCCCUCCUCCUCCAACAGUGAGAGAGGGACACCACCCUCUACGACCUCCUCCGCCAACAGUGAGACACACACACUUGCCCCUACUACCCCACCUUCCAACAGUGAGAGAGAGACACGCCCCUCUACGCCCUCCUCCUCCAACAGUGAGAGACAGAAACCACCCUCUACGCCCUCCUCCAACAGUGAGACAAACACACUUGCCCCUACUACCCCACCUUCCAACAGUGAGAGAGAGACACCACCCUCUACGGCCUCCUCCUCCAACAGUGAGAGAGAGACACCACCCUCUACGUCCUCUUCCUCCAACAGUGAGACACACACACCUGCCCCUACUACCCCACCUUCCAACAGUGAGAGACAGACACGACCCACUACGCCCUCCUCCUCCAAGAGAAAGAGACAGACACCUGAACCUACUACCCCAUCUUCCCACAGUGAGAGACAGAAACCACCCUCUACGCCCUCCUCCUCCAAUAGACAGACACAGACACUUGCCCCUACUACCCCACCUGCCCACAGUGAGAGACAGAAACCACCCUCUACGCCCUCCUCCUCAAAUAGACAGACACAGACACCUGCCCCUACUACCCCACCUUCCAACAGUGAGAGACAGACACGACCCUCUACGGCCUCCUCCUCCAAGAGAAAGAGACAGACACCUGAACCUACUACCCCAUCUUCCCACAGUGAGAGACAGAAAACACCCUCUACGCCCUCCUCCUCAAACAGUGAGAGAGAGACACCACCCUCUACGACCUCCUCCGCCAACAGUGAGACACACACACUUGCCCCUACUACCCCACCUUCCAACAGUGAGAGACAGAAACCACCCUCUACGCCCUCCUCCAACAGUGAGACACACACACUUGCCCCUACUACCCCACCUUCCAACAGUGAGAGAGAGAAACCACCCUCUACGGCCUCGUCCUCAAAGAGAAAGAGACAGACACCUGAACCUACUACCCCAUCUUCCAACAGUGAGAGACAGAAACCACCCUCUACGCCCUCCUCCUCCAACAGUGAGAGAGAGACACCACCCUCUACGACCUCCUCCUCCAACAUGAGAGACAGAAACCACCCUCUACGCCCCUCCUCCAACAGUGAGACACACACACUUGCCCCUACUACCCCACCUUCCAACAGUGAGAGAGAGACACCACCCUCUACGGCCUCCUCCGCCAACAGUGAGAGAGAGAAACCACCAUCUACGUCCUCUUCCUCCAACAGUGAGACACACACACCUGCCCCUACUACCCCACCUUCCAACAGUGAGAGACAGACACGACCCACUACGCCCUCCUCCUCCAAUAGAAAGAGACAGACACCUGAACCUACUACCCCAUCUUCCCACAGUGAGAGACAGAAACCACCCUCUACGCCCUCCUCCUCCAAUAAACAGACACAGACACUUGCCCCUACUACCCCACCUGCCCACAGCAGACACCAUAUUCUACUCCCUCUUUCUCCAACAGUGAGAAACAGGCACCUGCCCCUAAUACCCAAUCUUCCCACAGUGAGAGACAGACAUCACCCUCUGCGCAACGUCCCUCAAGCAGUGAGAGACACACACCUGCCCCUAAUGCCACACCUUCCCAAAGUGAGAGAGAAACACCACCCUCCUCCUCCAGCAGUGAGAGACAGACACCUGCCCCUACUACCUCACCUUUUCAGAGUGAGAGACAGAAACCACCCUCUAUGCCCUCUUCCUCCAAAAGUGACACACACACCUGCCCCUACUACCCUACCUUCCAACAGUGAGAGAGAGACACCACCCUCUACGUCCUCUUCCUCCAACAGUGAGACACACACACCUGCCCCUAUAAACCAUACCACUUAUCAUGAAAUAAAAGUGGGUCUGUUGAAUGCACGGUCUGUGCGCAAUAAAACAUGGAAAAUUCGUAAUCUAAUACUUGAAAAAGCUUGGAAAAUACUCUUCAUUACUGAGACUUGGCUGAAAAGUAGUGGUGAUGAAGCAAGAGUAACUGAACUCACCCCAGACGGAUACCGCUUUCACCAUGUUCCUAGGCCUGCUGGUAGACAAGGCGGAGGCGUGGGAGUGGUGUACCACACUUCUCUUAAUGUAGAAAUAGUCAGAACAGAACAGGCUUAUAACUCUUUUGAAUCCAUGGCCAUCUCUCUGCGAUGUCAAGUUCAUUCAAGUUCAGUCAAGAUAAUAUGUCUGUAUCGACCCCCGCGAACUGAUUUUCAAACGGAUUUAUCCAAUCUGUUUACACAAUAUACUACUUCUGACAUUAUCUAUCUUGGAGACUUUAAUGUGUGGUACGGUGUUGCUAGUAAUAGAGAAGCCAGGGAGAUCACAAACCUUCUAGCAACCAGUGGUCUGACUCAGCUCGUGAACAGGAAAACCCACGAACAUGGUAAUAUCCUAGACUGGGUUGUAACCCAUAGAUCCAACCCCUUUGUUAACAACGUCACUGUGGGGGACAUGCCUGUAUCGGAUCACUAUCCUGUCAGCAUGACUAUCACCUUCACACAGAGAGGCAUCAACGCAACCCCUCGACGUCACUCUCUCCCAUACAGAGAGACAAACACCCCUUCUACACAGAGAGGCAUCAACGCAACCCCUCGACGUCACUCUCUCCCAUAG